AACUUCGUAGCUGGCUUGUAACCAUCAAGCUACCUAGAAGGUAUUUGGGUAAUUUACGGUAAAAAAAACAAAACAAAAAAAAAACAUAGUUAGCCGGCCAGCAAACGCAGAAAUGGCUUUCCGCAGGAGAAACAAAAGUUACCCCUUUUUCAGCCAGGAAUUUUUCAUUCAGAACCAUGCAGAUAUCGUCUUCUGCUUGGUGGUUUUAAUUUUGGUUGGACUGAUGUUUGAGGCAACUGCAAAAACUGCAUUCCUCUUUAUCCUCCCACAGUACAACACCAGCACAUUAUCACCUGAAGGGGACGUGUCCUUAUAUAACUAUGGAUGGAGGGACUGUGUCACCAUCCUCUUCUAUUUCUUCAUCAUCAUCAUCAUCCAUGCUGUGGUACAGGAGUAUGUGCUAGAUAAAAUAAACCGGAGACUCCAUCUAUCAAAGAGCAAGAACACCAAGUUCAACGAAUCUGGGCAGCUGUGUGUGUUCUAUCUGGUGUCCUCCAUGUGGAGUCUCUAUCUCCUCCUCUCGGAAGGAUAUCUUCUAAAUCUCAGCAGCCUAUGGGAGAAUUACCCUCACAUUCAUCUUAGGUUUCAGGUGAAGUUUUUCUACCUCUUCCAGCUGGCUUAUUGGCUUCAUGCCCUGCCUGAACUUUACUUCCAGAAAGUGAGGAAGGAAGAGAUCCCUCGUCAACUGAAGUACAUCAGUCUGUACCUGCUCCACAUUACAGUGGCCUAUCUGUUAAAUUUGACUCGAGUUGGGCUGGUGCUGCUCUUCCUGCAGUACGUGUCUGAGCUGGGCUUCCAUGUCUCCCGCCUCUUCUACUUUACUGAUGAGAGCCACCACAAGCUGUUUGACGUUUGGGCAGUGGGCUUUGUGUUCACACGCAUGGGGAGUCUCACAUUGCUGUUUCUGGCUGUGGGAUUUGGGUUGGCUCGAGUGGAGAGCCAUGGUCUGGAUUGGGAGGCAGGGAACUUCAACACUCUUCUCAUCAGGAUGGCCGUGCUCCUGAUGGUGUGCCUGACGCAGGCCUGGCUGCUAUGGAAGCUGAUUCGCUUCCAGCUGCGACGCUGGCGCCAGUUCAGGCAGGAGCAGGCUGCCCGCAAGAGAGCAGCAGCUAAGCAGCCACCCCGCACCACCAAGAGGGACAGUGGUGGGCACGAGAACGGCGCGAUCAAAGCGGAAAAUGGUGCCUCACCACGACCCAAGAAGAUCAAAGCUCCUUAACCCUGCCCUCUGAUCUCACCGGUAUAGAACAGGAACCCAGCAGGUUAUUGUUUGUGCCUUCUGAAGCCGAUGCCCCGUGGUGAUGCCUCCAGUGCCCAGGUCAUGGGAACCAGGGCAUUGCAUUUGGGAGUGACAGCCUAUGUCCUUGAACCCUGACUAAUAUAACUCAGUAUUUUUUCUUUCUUUUUUAUUUUUAUUUUUAUUUUAUUCGCACUGUCUGCCCCCUAAAUCUCCUACAGUGUUUUCAGGAUGGUUAAGCUUUUCAACUGGGGGGAACAUGGAACAUACUGGGGGCCUUGCUCCUGUGUUAUGUGCUGCAUGCACACAUCCCCCCUCCCUGCCCUCACAAAUCUCCCCUGCUUCACCUCUCAACAUCAGCUCUAGCAUAUUGAAGUGGCUUUGCUUUCUUGACCUGGUAUUACUGGGGAAGGAGAACUGAGUGCAGCUGCUGCUGGGAUUGUCAGCAGCCCCUAAAGCCACACCCUGCAGUUCACAUACGAACUGCUGCAAUCUCAUACGGGACAACAUACAGAAAAGCAGGUAUCAACAAGCAGAACUUGUUGUCACAGCAGAGUGGAUAGUGUGGUCCGUCCAGAUCCAUGCAGACUUCAUCAACAUUCCAGCGCAGCUCCUUCACACCGUGCUCUUCCAGUUGUGAACUGGGCUCAGGCUGCAUACCACCUCAGUCAGGGAUAUGGGACACUAUCUCAAGGUUCAAUCUCACUUGGAACCAUUGGUGUAAAACUUGCUUUGGAAAUGUGUAAAAUUGCACAUGCUUCAUUUGUCAUUUUCAGAAUGCUUAGCUUCAGAAAAGAAUAAUCUUUUUGGAGACUAGUAAUACAUGGAUUGCUUCUGCUUCUAAAUUCAUGAAAUGAGCAAAAAUCAUAAUGGAAUCUAACAUGAGAGCCUAAUAUAAUUUAUCAAGUAUUUACUUGUAGCAGUUCAAUGCCAAGCUAUUGACAGUGACAUAAAACAAGUUGACUCUGAAAGAUAUAUAAAUGGCAGUUUUUUUCCCCUUUCCUAAAGAUAAACUUUCUUAUUUUAUUAAGUAAAAAAAAGGGAAAAGGUAGAAUAUUUUCUGUUGUUUUCCUCAAUUGUUUCACCAAUUGUUUCAUCAUUGUAUUAAUUUUCAUAAGCAUGUUUCAUAUUAUGUAUGCCAGAUGUUUUCCAACACUGUUCAGUUAUAAAAAAAAAAAAAAGUAUAUAAAAUAAUAUUCUCAAAUACAUUGCCAAGAAAUGCUUACUCUAUAAAUGAUAGUUACAGGAAUAUGCCAGGUUAGAUAUGGAUAAGGUUUUUAGGUUGGAUCAAGUCUUUUGUUCCCAUACCCAUACAGAACAAAAGACUUGAUCACAUAAUGAACAUCCUAAAACAUUGGUAGAUUAACCACGUACAGCUUUCACCAGGUAGUUUCUAGCAAAGCUCUCUUGCUGUCCAUAAUCUGUGUAUCAGGAAGGAAGUACUGUACUGUCAGACUACAGAAUGAAUUGUAUAAGCCUGCGCAGAUCAGGGACCAGACUAAAUGUAGAUGCAUGUGCAACAGCGAAUCUAGGGCAACUCUAUUAGUGAUUGAAUUGCCCUUUCAUUUAGGUGACUUUCAAUUUCCACUUAACAUCAAGAUACAAAUUGAGCUGUAUAGGAAAACAUUAAAACUGACUGAUUGUUGACGUGUUCAUGAUGGGAGUAUUCAGCUCAAAGUUACAAAUUGAAUCAGCUGCAGCUCAAAUGUGUACCUGCCCACUGAAGGACAGGCCAGAAAAUGUCACUGUCGCUGAUGGUAGCACAGAAGACAGAUACAUGAGCACCAGUGUCUACGCAAUGAUGUAACACAUGUAAAUAUGCCUGCCUGCCUUGGGAGAAGAAGUUUUUCAGAGAUUAUCUUUAUUUGGGGGAUUAUUUGUUUGAGUUUGUCAACCGAUGUAUGAAAUAUUUUUUUUAUAAAAGGCUACACAUUGUAAUCUUAUUACAGUGCAUUUUGCAGUUAAAGUUUUUUAUUGAACAGUGUGAGUUCAGAUCAGUGAAAUGUGAGUCUGAGACAUGUUGUAAAACUGUGAGACUAAGGACAAACUGCACAGCACUUAAUUUAACCAGGGUGUUUGGUUAAUCUGAUUGUUUUGCAUUGUCAUUUUCUCCUGAGAUUAGUUUUAAACACUUAAAUGUAUUUAAUAAUCAUUUGUCAUUGAGUUGGACAAGUGAUUGUCUUAAGUCACAAAUGCAUUUGGAUCUCAUUUUUCAGAUGAUGGAUCAUAGAUUCUACUCAAUUACUCAAUUUCUACAUAUCUAAACAUCCCUCCGGACAUUUGUGUUGUUCAGCAGUAGUCUGUUAAAAGAGCAACAGAAAGCUGAACUUUUCACCUCUUAAUAUAGCAUUUAUUUAAACUAAAAAAUGACCAUUUAAAUCCCUUGGUUUCUGCACAGCUGUAUUGCAGAAGUGGCAAACGAUUUAAGUGGUUGUAAAUGAUCAUGGUGGGCAGGCAGGGAGAUCACAGCCAGGUGCAACUCUCAUCACAAAGUAUUUUCGUUGGUUUCCAGUGUUUCAUCUGUUGGAGAAUAAAAAAAAUUAUUUUAGUUUUUUUUUAAAUGCUUGAACACUGGUGUUUUUCACUGCAAGACUAAAAGGAAAGUAUGACUGAGGCCAUGCUUGUCAUUGACCUAUUAUGUAAAAUGAAAAAUUUUCCAAGGAAAUAAAAUGGGAA